GGGUGUUGAAGAACCAAGUGUCUUUUUUCUCAACUGGGUUAUAAAAUGCCAUCGGAAACCUUGGGAGCGUAUCAGAGAAGCUCUUGACUUCAACUUCAACGGACAACAUGAAACGUCAAGGAAUUCCAAAGUAUCUGUUUGCCAGUUUGCUGUCUUUGCUGGCACUACGCAUCGACGCAUUAGAUGACAACAUAGCCAUAGAAAGUAAUCCGCCGGAAGUGAUGGUUGACCGGAGAUCCGAUGGUUUCGACUGGAGUUUCAUCACGGGGGAGAGGAGAAUAGAAACAGAGCCCAGGAUGGAUAACUUGGAAUGGGACUAUGACGUGGGAACAAGUGCGGAUGAAGAUGCUGACGAAAGACUGGACGGUGUUCACUGGGAUUCCAGUAUACAAAGCAGUGACGAAGAUGAGGUGGUCGAGGAACGAGUGGACGACAUUGACUGGAGUUUUCUCACGGAACAAACAACCAUAGUGGAAGAGGAAGCUGAGCACAGGAUAGACGACUUUAACUGGAAUUGGAACAUCAAGAGCAAGGAAGAAGAUUAUACCGAGGACAGGGUAGGCGAAUCAAUUGAGGAGCGUGACGUACAUAAUCACGAAUAUCGCCCCACGAAAUGGCACGGUAAACUUAGGCGAAUUAAACAUCAGUACGGUCCAUCGAAAGCCACGAAAAGGCCAAAGUAUCAAUACGGUCCACCAAAAUCGCAAUACGGUGUGUCCAAACGGCCAUUGAAGUUCCGGAAGCAUCCGAAAUUUCAAUAUGGAGCACCCAAGGCUCAUCAUAAAAUACCCAAAGGCUAUUAUGGUCCAUCAGAAUCAAAUUACGAGGCUCGGCCUUAUUCAGCCCCAGUUUCCUACUCAUCGCAACUGACGCAUUCCAUUCCAGCGAGUCACAGACAACCGGAAUCGGUUAGCGAUUCAGCACAGCCUGCAGCAGUUAAUUACCCCACAACGGUAGAAAGUAGUCCAUCAAUUAACAUUCCACCAUCAUCUCCGAUUCAAUCUCCUCCAAUUGUUGGCUACACUACUGCCGCUCCAGUUCAAAAUUAUCAUCCUACUUUCAGUGAUCCGGUGAGCUACGAUUCUUCGACGCAUCCGCCUUCCGGAAACGAUUUUGUUGAUGCCUAUCUGCAACCAACAGAGUCACCUAACCAAAGGCAAUCGCUUCGUCAAACGGUUGGCGACAAAAACGACAAUCUAGGAUUCUUUCAAUAUGUAAAUUUUCCCAAUUUCGAGGAGAUUUUCAAACAGAUAUUUAAAUUUUGAAAGACAAGCUUCAGAAUUCCAAAUAUGCCUGAAGCGUUGCUUAUUAUUCACUUCACAAACACUAAGGUUUCACAAACGGAUAACCUUGGCUUUUACCGCCCCAGAAACGUAUUAAUUUAUUAACUUCGAAUUUGUUGUUGUUAGCAGGAUUUCAGCCAGUCGACAUUUUCACCGUAAUUUAUGAAUUAUUUAAAUGUAACGUUUUGCACUCGCGUGUUGUAUGGCUCUCACGGAUACAUCAAAUAAAGUACAUUUUACUUGUCAAGAAA